AUGGUGGUUAGCAAGAUGAACAAAGAUGCGCAGAUAACAGUGGUGAUUAACCCAGAGUUGAUAGAAACUGCAGAAAGAGAACACCUCAAGGAGUUGCUGAGAGCUAAAUUAAUUGAAUGUGGCUGAAAAGAUCAAUUGAAGGCACACUGUAGAGGACUAGAACACGUUAAGGUUGAUGACUUGGUGGCUGAAAUCACUCCAAAAGGCAGAGCCCUGGUACCUGACAGUGUGAAGAAGGAGCUCCUACAAAGAACAUUCCUUGCUCAGCAUGCCAGCCUUUAAGAUUGAAUUAGAUUGUGUUGUUCUGUGGUUUUACUUCUAAAAGUAAAACUUGCCAUAAAUUA